CCCUGAGCUUAUCUCAUGGGCUGUCUGCUCAUCCACCAGUUGUCCCACGCCUGAUCCCCGGCACUCCUUGGGGCGACUUCUGUGCAAACUUCUGAUUCUGUUUCGCAAGAUUCCCUUCUUCCCAAGGUUGGGACGAGCUGCAGGUGCUAGCCUUGAACAUUGCAGACCAGCUGUCUCCGAGGAGAGGUGCACCUAGAAGAGGACAAUGGCAGGGCCGGGAUCAGAGCUGCCUUCUGGCCCUGUGGCCCCCAUGCUCCUGUCAUGGCUAACAGGACUAGGGGCUGGAAUGGUUUUCCUGAGCUUCAUGCAGAAACUCCUGUACCCUUACUUCUGGGACGACUUCUGGUACCUGCUGAAGGUGGUACGCUGUGGAUUUCAGAUGGAGAUGUACAGACUGAAAGGGGAGCUGGUCACUGUCCUGGAUAAAUUCCUGAUGCAUGCCAAGAAGCAGCCUCAGAAACCUUUCAUCAUCUAUGAGGGAGACAUCUACACCUAUCAGGAUGUGGACAAGAGGAGUAGUAGAGUGGCCCAUGUCUUCCUGAACCAUUCCACGCUGAAAAGGGGCGAUACCGUGGCUCUGCUAAUGAGCAAUGAGCCUGAUUUCAUUCACGUGUGGUUCGGCCUGGCCAAGCUGGGCUGCGUGGUGGCCUUCCUCAACUCCAACAUUCACUCCCUCUCCCUCCUGCAUUGCAUCCGCAGCUGUGAGCCCAGGGCCCUCGUGGUGGGUGCAGAUUUGCUUGGAACUAUAGAAGAGAUCCUUCCAAGCCUCCCAGGAGAUAUCAGUGUUUGGGCAAUGAAAGAGUCUGUUCCACAAGGCAUAAUUUCACUCAAAGAAAAACUGAGCACAGCAUCUGACAGUCAGGUGCCACACAGCCACCAUGUUGCCUCAAACCUCAAGACUCCUUAUCUUUAUAUUUUCACUUCUGGAACAACAGGUCUCCCAAAAGCAGCUGUAAUUUGUCAGCUGCAGGCUCUGAAGGGUUCUGCUGGAUUAUGGGCUUUUGGUUGUACUUCCAAUGACAUCAUUUAUAUAACCCUUCCUCUGUAUCAUAGUGCAGGAUCUCUCCUGGGAAUUGGUGGAUGUAUUGAGUUAGGUGCUACUUGUGUGUUAAAGAAGAAAUUUUCAGCAAGCCAAUUUUGGAAUGACUGCAAAAAGUAUAAUGUGACUGUGUUUCAGUACAUUGGAGAACUUUGUCGCUACCUUUGCAAACAACCUAAGAGAGAAGGAGAAAAGGAUCAUCGGGUACGUUUGGCAGUUGGAAAUGGCAUACGGAGUGACGUAUGGAGAGAAUUUUUAGACAGAUUUGGAAAUAUUAAGAUGUGUGAGCUUUAUGGAGCUACUGAAGGAAACAUUUGUUUCAUGAAUCACACUGGGAAAAUUGGAUCAGUUGGGAGAGCAAAUUUCCUUCACAAACUUUUUUUCACUUUUGACUUGAUAAAGUAUGAUUUUCAGAAAGAUGAACCCAUUAGAAAUGAACACGGCUGGUGUAGUCAUGUGAAAAAAGGGGAACCUGGACUUCUCAUUUCUCCAGUGAAUGCAAAGAAUCCCUUCUUUGGCUAUGCUGGAAAUAGGAAGCACACAGAAAAGAAAUUGCUUUGUGACGUUUUUAAGAAGGGAGAUGUUUACUUUAACACCGGAGAUUUAAUGGUCCAAGACCAGGAGAAUUUCCUUUUUUUUUGGGACCGUAUUGGAGACACUUUCAGAUGGAAAGGGGAAAAUAUUGCAACCACAGAGGUUGCUGAUAUUAUUGGAAUGUUGGAUUUCAUACAGGACACAAAUGUCUAUGGUGUGGCUGUACCAGAUUGUGAAGGAAAAGCAGGAAUGGCUUCUAUAACUUUAAAACCAAAUACGUCUUUAGACUUGGAAAAAGUUUAUGAACAAGUUGUAACAUUUUUACCAGCUUAUGCCUGCCCACAAUUUUUAAGAAUUCAGGAAAAGAUGGAAACAACAGGAACAUUCAAACUACAGAAGUUUCGGUUGGUGGAAGAAGGAUUUAGUCCAUUGAAAAUUUCUGAUCCACUUUACUUCAUGGAUAAGUUGAAAAAAUCAUACAUUCCAUUGACCAAAGAAAUUUAUGAUCAGAUAAUAUUAGGGAAGAUUAAACUUUAAGCUUUUUUAUAUAUGGGAUUUUCCUAUGCUGCUUAGGAGAAGUGAAAGGAGAGUAUGUGAUUCUUUAAUAUGAAAUGGGGAGAGGGAACUGACAUUAAGCAUGUGCUAUAUUUCCUUAACUUGCAACAAUUUUUCUUUAAUUAAGUACUAACUUUAAUUUGUUUUAAUUGAUAACAAA